AUUCGGUUUUCCCGUUUCACGCGCCUGCAUCGGAGUAGUUGGUUUUUGCUUGCUUCGCUGGUUAUCGCUUGCGGUGAAUCGCAUGGAUAUUAUAUCGCGCGUUGGUAGACUUUCGGAGGAGUCCACCUCGGGGCAAUAUUCGGUGGCGACUUCUGUGAUAUAAUACAGAAUUUCCAAGAAAAAAGAGGUUAUACCGCUACUGGCUGCCCACAUCUUAAGUAGCUGAUACAUCGUAGCCUGCAUAAAAGUAGUGUUUCUAUACUGUGCCUCUAUCCUGACUCUAUAGAUGUUUAAGCCUGAUCUAGAGGUCACGGGUAUCUCCCGCAGUGGCCGUGUAAGGAAGAAGUCCUCUAAGCUGGUUGACUUUGAGUCUGAUGAUCUUACGGAAAAUAAACUUAAGCGACAGAAGGCUCAGCAACAAUUACAAUCUCAACAACUCUUGGAUCAGUAUGAAGUACAACAACAGCAACAGCAAAUAUUACCCACCCAAUCUAGCCAAACCAGUGGGCGACAGAGGAAAAAUUCGGGCUCCAAUCAUUUGCAACAGAGGCUCAAGACAGAAUCCUUGUCUGAUAAUGAAGUACAAUCAUCGGGUUCAGAAUCUGAUGAUCCCUCUGGGAUAAAUGAGGAUGAGAGAUACAGCAUGGAUUCUGGAAGCGACAAUGAAGUAGAUCCUCUUAUGAUCGACGAUAGAGAAACAGGAUUUAGGAAACUAGAACCACCAUCAGGUCAGGAAACACCAUCGCAAGCAAAUAGUUUAUAUAUGCUUGAAAAAUGUAAAAAAAAGUUGAUUAUUAAGGAUGGGAAAAUUAUAGGCAAAACAAAGGCACAGCGUAAAGACAAAGGGAAGACGAGAUUUACCGCUUACAUGCUAUGGGCAAAGAAAAUUAGACAAGAACUGUUAGAACAAUCUCCUUACAUGGAUUUUGCGGCAAUUUCUAAGCGAUUAGGAGAGCUGUGGGCUACAGUACCACAUCUGGAAAAAUAUAAUUGGCGCAGGCGCGCAAAACGCCUAGCAGCAAAACCUCAUACUUUACCAGCGAGUAAAGAUGAACCUAUCUGGAAAAUGCCACCACCCGCCUCGCGAAAAAAAUUCAUUAAUAAAAUUGGCAAUGGAAAAGAAACAAAGACCCCUUCCACGAAAAAAACUAUCCAACUCGGUGUGCCGUCUGUUGUUGGGAAUAUCCCGAUCUCACCACCCUCAAAUCGCAACAGUAAAGAUCUGGUUAAUGAGCCGGUAAUAGGCACAGGAAUGUACAAGGUGAUUGGAACGCAACCGAUUGAUGUUGCGGCUCAUCUCAAACUGCUUGGCGAGAGUUUGACGAUCAUUGGGGAACGUUUAAAGGAGCACGAUGGUCAAAUAGCUGUCUCUGGCAGCCUUUCGGUUUUAUUGGACUCGUUGCUCUGUGCCUUAGGUCCGUUAAUCUGUUUAACGCAACAAAUGCCAGAAACUAACGGAGCUAAACCCGAGACACUUUCCCAAAUGCUCGAUAACAUUGCUUAUCUUAUGCCUGGUCUAUAAUACAUGUACAAAAUAUUUAAAGGAUAACAAUUGUCAGUAAUAGUGUAAAUAUGUGUAUGAAGGUAGUUAAAAAAUAGUAGAUAAUGAGCGUGAAAACAAAAAUGAAAAUGUAUGUCAUUUAUUUACUAGAAAUUUAAAUCUUUAACAAAAA